UCUCGCGAGACUUGGCCGGCCCGGCGCGGCGAGGCCGAGGCGCUCCGGGCCCUUUUCAAACCCAGCGGCAGCGGGGCCGCGGCCCGGCUACGAAAUGGCGGAGAACGACAAGCCGGAGGCUGCGGCCGCCGCGCCGCAGCGCGCAGCCGAGGAGGCCGCCGCCAGCCAGCCGCCGGCACAACAACAGCAACAACAGCAGCAACAGCCGCCGCCGCCGCAGCAGCAGCAGCCGCCACAACAGCCUCCGCGGGAUGAGGAGGCGGCGGCGGCGGCGACGGCGGCAGCAGCAGCAGCAACCGAGAGCGGCGGGGGCAGCGCUAAUGGCGUCAAAAUGGAUAAUGAUGAGACAGCAAAAGAUGAGAAAGCACUUGUGAAAGAGAAGUACGUUGCAAAACCGAAGGCAAUCCCUUCUCUUGGAAACAAGAAUAGAUUCCACCCCUAUUCAAAGGACAAGAAUGCAGGCACUGGAGAGAAGAAGGCUAUUAAUCGUAAUAGAGUUUUUAUUAGCAACAUCCCGUAUGACAUGAAGUGGCAAGCUAUUAAAGAUCUUAUGAGAGAGAAAGUUGGUGAGGUUACAUACGUGGAGCUGUUUAAGGAUGCUGAAGGAAAAUCAAGGGGUUGUGGUGUCGUUGAAUUCAAAGAUGAAGAAUUUGUAAAGAAAGCAUUAGAAACUAUGAACAAAUAUGAUCUUAGUGGAAGACCCCUGAAUAUUAAAGAGGACCCUGAAGGUGAACAUGCUCGUAGGGCAUUGCAGCGCGUAGGAGGACAGUUUCCAGGAGGACAUGGACCUGAUGUGGCACCUGGAAUAAUGAAUUUACCACCUUCUAUUCUCAAUAAUCCAAACAUUCCUCCUGAGGUUAUCAGUAACUUGCAGGCAGGCAGGCUUGGGUCCACUAUUUUUGUUGCUAAUCUUGACUUUAAAGUUGGCUGGAAGAAACUGAAGGAGGUAUUCAGCAUUGCUGGAACCGUAAAGCGUGCCGACAUCAAAGAAGAUAAAGAUGGCAAGAGUCGAGGAAUGGGAACAGUUACCUUUGAACAAGCAAUUGAAGCUGUUCAAGCAAUAUCUAUGUUCAAUGGACAAUUCCUGUUUGAUAGGCCCAUGCAUGUAAAAAUGGAUGACAAAUCAAUUCCUCAUGAAGAUUUCCGUGUUGCAGACAGCAAAACCUCACAAUUACCUCGUGGUCUUGGUGGCAUUGGUAUGGGACUUGGACCAGGUGGACAGCCCAUCAGUGCAACACAGUUGAGCAUGGGUGGUGGAAUGGGGAGCAUGGGUCCAGGAGGUAUGGGAAUAGACGGUCCAGGAUUUGGCGGAAUGAAUAGAAUGGGAGGCGGACUUCCUGGAUUUCGUGGAAUGGAAGGAAUGCCUAAUAUGGGAGGAUUUGGAGUCAGCCGAAUGGGAGAAAUGUUCCGUGGUGGAAUGGGAGGAAACAUGGACAGAGAUUUUGGUCGGGGUGACAUGGCAUUGAACCGUGGUUUUGGAGAUUCUUUUGGAAGGAUGGGUGGUGCAAUGAUUGGUGUUUUUGCAGGAGGAAUGGGAGCGCCUAGCAUGGGCCCAGUAAGAUCUGGAAUGAGUGGUGGAAUGGGUGGUAUGAACAGUAUGGCUGGAGGAAUGGGAAUGGGGAUGGAUCGGAUGAGUUCUGGUUUUGAUCGAAUGGGACCAGCUAUGGGUGGAGGCCUGGACAGGAACAUCGAUAUCGAUCGAGGAUUUGUGCCUGGCCCAAUGGGAAGUGGCAUGAGAGAGAGAUUAGGCUCUAAAGGCAACCAGAUAUUUGUGAGAAAUCUUCCUUUUGACUUGACCUGGCAGAAGCUAAAGGAGAAAUUCAGUCAAUGUGGAGCAGAACUAUCAAAGUUGACACAUACCACGCUGGAAAACAGCCCACAAGCUGCAGAAAUACCAAGAAGAUUAUAGACUGCUGAUCCAAGGAUGGUGCUGAUGCCGAUAUCACCCUUUGUUACGAAGACUCCUAUAAGGAAAAUGACUCUCUGGUAUGUUUCAGUUUGGCAUGCAAGGAAAAGAAUUCUAGAUUCAAAAUGUGUGUGUCUCUUACCUAGAAAAGCAGUGACAAGCUCUGGAGCAGAACUUCCAGCAGCCAUAAAAGUUGCUCCAGCAACGUCCUGAGAGAGGCCAAGGCCUGAGGAUAGAGCAAAAGAAUUGCUUAAAAAAAUAAAUACUUCAGUAAUCUGUACCCUUUACUUGUGUUAGUAUAUAAUGUUAGAAGCUACUACAGUUUAACAGAAUGAACUUUGCUUACUUUCAUACAGUUAAUGCAUAUAUUUGAAACUGGUAAAAUAAUAUAUUGAAAACGUAGCCUCAUUUAUUGGGCUAAUUUAUUUCUAACUUUAUUACAGAAAUUAGUUUAAAUACCAGAAAAUUACUGAUAAUACAAGAGAUUUGGGCAUGAUUUUAAAAUGUAAAAUAGGCAUAUGUAUGUGGGCUUUAACUCUGUUUCAUAUGGGUAAUUGUGGGGAAUUCCUUGGACUCUAGUGUGAUAUUGCUACAUGAUCCAUGUCAAGUCUAUCUAUCUUCCAGGGCAAUCCAUGCUACUGUGUCUUCACAUACCAGAAAUACUAGUUAAAUUCAAACCAGUGCUGCGAUCUUAAAAAAUUUUCACUUCGUACGGACAGUAUAAGAGCCUGUGUCUUGCUUGAAUGAAAUGAGAUUUUUGUUCUGGUAAGUUGACUGUUUCUGAAAUGUAACUCACGCUGUGCAUCAAGUUCUGCACACUAAGAACAGGGACGUAUGGCUAACUAUGGAAAAAGUCUGACAAAUGCUUAUUUACUAUCAAUAAAAAAAUAUCAGCUCUA